CUUUAUGAGUGAGAAGCGAAAGAAGAGGCCCUAUAUUGGGUUCUAUAAUCACGAAGAAAGCCAGAAGAACUUUGUGCCGAAGCUCUCAGCUACAGAUGAGAGGAAGGUUGGAGCUAUCAGGGAGAUCUCCCCAACUAAGAAGAAUAAUAAGAAGAAAGUGUAUAACUUCUCAAGUAUUGCUAAUAAGGUAGCCCUCGAACAGAACUGGGUCAAGGGCAUGGAAGAGUCUAAGCGGAAUGGCAAGCAUCAAGAUAUAGAUGUUCCAUAUGAAAAGCCUUGGUUUAUCAGAGAUGAGCAUAUCCAAGAUGCUGAGAAGCGAGUUAAGAGUGAUCCUAACUAUGAUCCUUCGACACUUCAUAUCCCUAAGAAUGAGUGGCUGAGGUUCUCACCAUCAAAGUACCAGUAUUGGGAGAUCAAGUGUCAACAUUAUGAUAAGAUUUUACUGUUCAAAAUUGGAAAGUUCUAUGAAAUGUAUGAUGAAGAUGCCAUUAUUGCUGUCAGAUUGCUCGAUCUUCACUGGAUGAAGAACACUAAAAAAUUACAUGUGGGGUUCCCUGAGAAAACACUUGAUAAAAAUUUGACCAAAUUUGUUGAAGAAGGGUAUGAAGUAGUGAUAGUUGAGCAAUGAGAGACUUCAAGGAUGGUUGCCAAGCGUAAAGAGACACAGAAGAAGAUCAAUCAUCCCUCUGAUGAUUGUGCAAAACGUGCCAUAACUUGUAUCUACACUAAAGGGACUUAUAGCGAUCCGAAUAACCAGGAUUACCAAUCUAGAUACAUUCUAGUGUUUAAGCAUGAUCAUGAGAAUAAUAUAGGCCUUGGGUUUUUUGAUAUCGGGACACUCCAAUUCUUUAUGGGUUAUUACAAAGAUGACGAGGGGUUCAGCCAGUUCCGGACGCUAGUCAACCAGAUCAGACCGGUUGAGGUAAUAUUUGACAGGGAAAACACGAGAGAGGAGUUGAUAAAUAUCCUAAAAAAUGCGUUCUUGACGCCUAUAUUCUCAACAGUUACUCCCAAAGACUGUUGGGGAAUCCCAAAAACUUUCUCUGCUAUUGAGAAUUACUUUGGGGAGGAUCCCAAGGAUUGGCCAGAAGUACUAGCCAAGGCCAGGGAGGAUGAAAACAGCGACCUGAUGGUCAACUCUUUCGGAAUGGUAGUCUCUUUCCUUGAGAGACUUCUCAUAGCAGAAGAGACUCUUCCAUUAGGAGAGUACAAGGAGUUUGAUCCUAAGAAGAAUAUGGUUUCUUCUCUGGUCAUGGACUCACAAGCUAUCGAGCACUUGGAAGUAAUGGAGGUCAUUGAAACAACUAGUAAAAGAAGAGAAGGAUCUCUCAUUGAUUAUCUUGAUCGAACAGUCACUUCCUUUGGUAAAAGAAUGCUGGAGAGAUGGGUCUGAUCCCCUCUCACAGAUCCAGAGAAGAUAAAUGACAGACUUGAUUGCAUUGAUGAUCUGACUGGCCACUCAAACUUGAUAACAAAUUUCAGGACGAGGCUGAAGGCCUUGCCAGAUUUAGAAAAACUGCUUGGGAAAAUGUACAAAUACAGCAUCAAGCAGUCUGUUAAGGUGGUUUAUUUUGAAAAUCUUAGUGUUAAUAAAAUCAAGGAGUUCCAUGCUCUCAUGGAACACUUCAAGAGCUUGAAAGGGCUUGUGAAUAUCUACAGGAAGGUAAAAGAUAGGUUCAAAUCUAAGAGACUCAGAAAUCUGCUUACUUUUAAGAAAGUCGAUGAAGAAGAAAGUGACGAAGCUGAAGGAGAGAGUGAACCCAGAGACAAUGUUGAAGACUAUGGCCUCUUCCCUGAUGUUGACAUCAUGGUCAAUGAUUUUGAGAGCUUGAUUAUUUGGAAAUCUGACGGCAAAGAGAAGAUACCAGAGCCCCUUCCUGGAAUUGAUGAGUCAUUCGAUAUUGCUAAUCAGGAGGUCAUGAGAGUCAAAGAACAACUUGACCAGCACUUAGAAGAAAUUAAGGAGCAUUUCCAGUCUGAUAAGAUUACGUACACUCAUUCUCGUUUGAGGUAUGAACUUGAUAUUCCAAGAGCAUUGUUCAAGGGGAAGAAGGAGCCACCUUUUCUGGAGCUAUCAUCUAGCAAGAACAACGUCAAAAAAUAUCAAACAGCUACGAUUAAGGACUUAUUAGAAGCACUAGAGAAAGCAGAAGAGAACCUUAAUGACGCUAUUGUGCCAUUCAUUGUGUCUUUGUUCACACAUUUUUAUGAGAAGAAGCAGAUAUGGACUCAGAUUGUCAGCUGACUGGCUGAGCUUGACUGCCUCCACUCUUUGGCAGAAGUCAGUAGCUCUAGUGAAGGGAUCAUGUGAAGGCCAGAAAUUAUCAAUUAUGAAGACAACUGCUACAAGCCUUACUUUGAGGUUAAGAGACUGAGACAUCCUUCAUUAGCAAGUUCUGGGAUGACUUUCAUUCCUAAUGACAUCAAGAUUGGAAAUUUAUAUAACAGUGAUGAUGAUUCUGUUUCUGAAAAUAUUUUGUUAGUGACUGGGCCUAACAUGGGUGGGAAGAGCACCUUGUUGAGACAGACCUGCAUUGCCAUAAUUAUGGCUCAAAUGGGUUGCUAUGUUCCAGCAGAGUCCUGCAGAAUGACAAUAGUUGACAAAAUAUUCACCCGACUAGGAGCUUCAGACCGAAUUUUGGAAGGGAAAAGCACUUUCUAUGUUGAAAUGGAAGAAACUAAGGCAAUUAUUGAGCAAGCAACUGUGAAUUCAGUCGCGAUCCUGGAUGAACUUGGGAGGGGCACUUCUACCUUCGAUGGCUAUUCCAUCGCUGCCUCAGUACUACACCAUCUGUCUUCAGUUUUGAAAUGUAGAACUUUAUUUGCCACUCACUACCAUAUGUUGGUGAAAGAGUUCGAGAAUGACCCGAUGAUUGGGAAUUUCCAUAUGGCUUGUAAAGCAGAUGAGGAUACUGAUGAGGUGACAUUUUUGUACAAAUUUAUAAGAGGAAAGUGCCCAAAAAGUUACGGAAUCAAUGUGGCCAAGCUGGCCAGAAUCCCAGACUGUGUCAUCGAGAAAGCUAAGAAAGUCUCUGAGGAGUUCAGGAAUGCUAUUAAUGGCAAAUUCCUUGCGGAUAAUAGUCCUCUAGAGGAAGAGAAGUCUCUGAGUUCAAGCCAGAGCACUCCUCAGAAGAUGAGGAUUAAGAAAGAAGCUGAUUAUACUCAAACGACUGAGAAUGGAGAUGAAUCCCCAGAAGCUCUGUCUAUCGUUACACAGGAAGACUCUCAAGAUACUUCUGGCAGAAAAUCACCAAUCAACGAAGAAACAGAAAAGCAAGAAGGCGAGGAUGAAGCUGAGGGUGAAAUUGAGCCUGAGGAUGAAGCUGAAGGUGCGGAUGAGGCUGAGGACGAAGAUGUAGAUGAAGCUGAAGGAGAGUCUGAAGAAAUCGAUGAAAAUGAAGACUAUUCUCAUGAAAACUCUGGUAAUCUGAAGCUAUACAAAAAGGCUGAAAUCCAUGGUGGAAAACCAGUGAAGCAGUAUCAUACCAAAAAGCGUAAGAUAGAGCCAACUCCUUGAGCUAGGGUUAAGAAGCUAAGAUCUCUAGGCUAG